AUGCUCGAACCCGCAGAGCAAUGCAGCAGGGGCACUGAAUCAGGCGAGCAUGAAAUCGUCGAUUACAUGGACAAUAUGGACGGUAGCCUGCACCCAGCCCUAGCACAUGGUCCGGUCUUGGACCCAAACACGGGCCUCUGGGUGAGGAGGAGGUCCCCGUCCCCCGUUCAACUCGACUUCCAGGACCUAUACAGCGAGUGCUUUAAUGCACGGGAUGCGCUGGUCGCCACGGCCAACAAGUACCUCGCCAGAACCAGCCAGAGUUCCGUCGACAUAGAGCUGAGCUACGACUGGGCGUCGGUCCAAACCGCUCUUGAGAGGGCUUGCAAGGUCUUUACCGCGCUGAUCCCGAACGACCUCAUGUUCUCGUCCGCCCUGUGCGGCGGCCUCAACAUCAUCUUCAGCGCUCUAGAGCAGACUGGCUUCCACCGCGAGGCCGUCUACAAGGCCCUCGAGAGGCUCCCGCAGAUCUUGGGCGACCACGACGGCUACAUCGAGAUUGCCGCCGACGAUGCGGAACUGCACCGCCGGACAGCCAAGCUGUAUGCCGAGGUCUUGGCCGGAGCAAAGCGACUGCUCAACCCGUCCGGCUUCACCACCAAGCUCGACGACCGCAUGAGCGAGGUCAAGCUGGCGACCAAGAGCUUCAAGAACCACAUUGCGCGCAUGAUGCCACAGCGGCAAAACGAGCUCAUUCAACUGCAGAGCCACGGCCUGUACCAGCAUGCCCUGAUGUCGCGCCAGCUCGGCGAGAUUAGUUUCGACCUUAAGGACCUCAGGCGUCUGGUGAUGUCGGUGGAGCGCGAGGAUAUUCUCGACGGCGUGCGAGCCGAGGUCUUCCAAAGCCUGCAGCCUGUUCUGCAAGACAGCAUGAAACGACUCAUAGCAGAGCACGCCACGGGCUUGAUCCAGGCGGGCGGUAUCUCCCCAGGCCCAGCCACACCACUCUCCCCGCCAUCUCCAGCAGCACCACCAACCCCAAGCCCCAAAGUGACACUCAACCGAAUCCUCAAGACAUUCCUCUACGACCGCACCCUCGUCCCCACCGACAUCUCCGCACUGCUAGCCCUCGGCUCGCCCAGAAUCGGGCCCACACAGCUCGACACAGACCGGCUGCACGCGCUGCAGAACAACGCCCGGCUGCGCGCAUGGCUGACGAUCGACGAGCCGUCCGCACUACUCCUAGACGGCGGAGCGAGCGACGCGCAGUGCAACACAACAUCGUAUUUCGCCGCGCACGUCAUCGACUCGCUGCGGCGCCGGCACCAAACCUGGAGCAGCAGCAGCACUGACCCGCCGAUCACGGCCAUCACGCUCGCUUACUUCUGCAGCCAGCACCGCGACUACCGGCGCGACGCGGCCGGUAGUCCCGCCGAGCUCGCACUGUCGCUGCUGCUGCAACUCGUCGACAGGCACCGCGGGUUUGGCGAGGCUGCGCUGUGCGACGUGCUGCAGCGAGUGGUGCCGGACGAUGUUGGCAGUGUCGUGCGCGCGCUGGGCCGGCUGGUGCGCGCGCUCCCGCCGAGCGCAGUGCUCUUCGUCGUCGUCGACGGACUCAGCUUCUUUGCUCCGCCGCCUAAGCGGCGGGCGGGCACACGCGAGGUAGUUCGGUGGUUGCUGCAGAAUGUUUGUGCUCGGCAGCGCUCGCAGUCGCGGGCGCUGGGGGAGGAUGGGUGUGAGGGGCGGGGCGGGCCCACGGUCAAGCUGCUUGUUGCUGGCCCGACCAGGCUUAGGUUUGUCGAGGACUUGUUUGAACGGGACGAGAGGGUCCAUAUCCCUGCGGACCCCCCGCCACUAGGUGUCGAUCGGGAUGCAUUAUGUUGA